UAAGUUUCUAGAAAGAUAUUUUAAAGCUAUAUGUAAAAUAUAAAUAACUAUACUCUCAGAUUUACAUUUGAAUUAAUAUUUUUAUCACAAUUAUGCUACUUUAUGUCAUACUUACAUGGAUCAAAAUUAAAUUAUAUACAAUUGUUUAGUCAAUUGAAAAUAUGUGAGCUACCUCUUAUAGAUUCUUUUACACACUGUAUUGAAUUGAAGUUAUUUUCGACUAUGCAUUACCAAUAUCCGAGUGAACAGUAUUUACAUAUUCGUCAUCUUGAGUCAACGGCGAUGGAAUGGAUUGAAGUGGAACCUGCCUGAUAAUUUACAAUUAACAUUAAUGAUAUUAAUUAUUUAAAUUAAUUAAUGGUAAUUAUUUUCAUUGACAUCAUUAUACAUAUUUCAUUUUCCUUUAUCUUAUCCAUCUUAUUAAGUUAUAAUUUUAGUAUCUCACUUUUGAUAUGAAAAGAUAUUAAAUGUGUUCCAAUAGUUGCAAGAUUUUUGAUUGAACAAUACUAAUUGCUUAAUGCCUUUUCGAUAUGUUUGCCCAGCGUUCACCAUUUUUUGCAGCAUAACAAAUGUAUAUUUAUUAAAAUCAAUACAUUAAAAAUCUUCUCAGUUCAAAAAUGAGAUUCCAAAGAAAGAAAAUGGAAUUAUAUAUAUGAAUAAUAAUAUCAGUUAUAGUAAUUGACAUUAAUAUAUUUAAUUAUUAAUAACAUUAAAUAAUUAAUGUUAUUAAUAUUAAUUGUAAAUAAUCAGGAAGGUUCCACUUCAAUUUCAUCAAUAUCAACUUAAGUUGACGAACACAACUAUCUACUCGGAUAAUGCACAACCAGAAAUAAUAAAAAACUUUAAUAAUACUGACAAUGAAAACAUUACUCACAGAGUAAUGUUUUCAGAAUAAUGUUUUCAGUAAAGAGUUCAGUCUAUUAUUAUUUUUAGAAAAACUUUUAUGAAAUAUAUAAACCUUCUCAAAAACUGUCAUUAAAUGUCAUAAUAUUCCAUGAUAUGGCAGACUCAGAACAUGUAAUCCUCCAGAAAUAAUGAAAUAUGAUAUACUUGUGAAACAAAUCUCUAAAGAUUUUAUUUAUUUAGCUUUAUACAACUAUGCAACAUUAUAUUUAUCAAGAUAAUUAUUAUAAUGUCAAAAUAGCUCAAAUUCUUAAGAAAAGAAGAUACGAGAGUGCUAUAAGAUUUAGAGAAAUAGAAUUACUUUAAAAUUUUCAAUCAGUAAUACUCAGAAAUGGUCAACAAUUUUUCAUAGAAAUAAUGAUCUUAUACAAAUAUGGAAUAAUGUAGAAAAAAAUAUAAAUUUGAUAUUAGCAAUACAUUGCACGAUUAACAAAAUACGAUGUCGUAAAUAGACAAAAUUAUUAAUUCAAAAGUUUAUAUCAAUAUUACAUUAUAAUUAUAUAAAAGGAGUAGAUUGUGCAAAUAAAUACUUUUCAUAUUAUUCAAUUUUUAAAAAGACAAAAAAGUAAUCCAAACAAGUUGUAAUGUUCUUUAUAAAUUAUAUCUUAUUUAAUUCUUUUAAAAUAUAUAUUGAACUAUUGGGUUGUCCGGAAACCGACGCCGAUUUUUGAUAUGAGAUUCUUACCCGAAGUUGUAGUUGAAGAAUGAAUUGUUGAUUGCGCAAUUACUGAACAGGUAGACUUUCUAAAUACUUCUAACUAACUUCAUUCGGAAAGUUUAAUGUAUCAAGUAUUUUUAAAAUGAUAAGAUCAUUCAAAAUAAAUCAUCUAAAUUAUUUCUUCAUUUAAAAAUAAUAAGUAAACCUCUAUUAGAAAAGUAUGAUAUUUUAAUUAAAACUUUGAUAUUUUAUAUAUUAAUACCAGAUAUACUCGAAAAAGAUUUCUAAUUGGCUUCUUUGACAAUUGAAUUAAACCAUAUUUAAUUUCCAUUAUUGUUACCUAUAUAUCCAUUACUUUCAUGUUCAUUUUCACUUUCAUCAGAUACGAUUCUACAUUUAAAUUAUUUGUAUAUUUCACCUGAUGAAUAACUCAAUAUAGUAAUUGUUAGGGUUAGUUUAUGUUAAAGGCGCGACGACGUUUCAUAAGAUAUAACUCAUGUCGCGUGAUGCCAAUGACGUGUAUAGUACAAAAGAAAUUUUCUAUUAUCAUUUUAUCGGAUAAAUUUAGCCGAAUCUGAAGACUGAGACGUAACCAGUCAUGGUAUUCAAUGAAGUGCCAUUCCCUAACAGAUUUUGUCCAGUGUGAUAUAUGCUUAAGCUAUACGGUGUGGUAUUUGUAUUGCAACGAACAAGGAUAAAUUUUAAUCGCUAAAAUGAACUUCUGCGGAAAAGAGAAGAAAAAGAUCAGAAAAAUAUUACGUGACUGCAACCUCACUGAUGACGAUCAGAAUCUUGUUUCGGAAGAAUCCGAUGUUGAAGCGGACUCUUUUAGCAUCGAUAGUGAGGCAACUCAACGCCGGAAGAAGAAGCGUUUGAUAGUGUCAUCUGAGGAGACACUAUAAAAUAUCGAUGAUCUUGCCGAUGACGAUGGUGCAAGUUGUUCACCAAUAACGAAAGAUAAUGAGAGGAUGAUCGACGAUGACGAUAUGUAGUAUGAUAAUAAAGAGAAAUUGAUUGAAUUUGCAUUUAACGAUGGUGAAUGCGGCAUUAAAAUGAAUGCUGAUAAGUAUUCUAGUGCGAAAGACAUUUUUGAUCAGCUGUUCUCAAGAAAUAUAGUUGAGACACUUGUUAGUUACACAAAUGAAUAUGGGAAGCAUUUAUUUGAAACCAAGCAUUCUAGUAAUUUUGUUUUACAAUUGAUGCAACCAUGUUUGGGUAAAGGACAUCAUUUCUUUAUGGACAAUUUUUACAACAGAUCGAGCUGUCAAGAGCUGCUAACAUAUAAAACACACACGACCGGAACGCUUUAUUCUAAUAGAAAAGACCUCUGCAUUUGGAAUUCCUACUUCAUCUAUCAACAGUUCCAUAAAUCAACGACAUUCCUACAAUUUAGAGAUUUGCUGAUGCAAUCAUUGAUUACAUUACCUAAUACUGAGAUUUCUGGAAAGAAUUUAGCGGCAUUAACAUCUACGCGUGCUCGACCGAAACAAAUAAAUUCAUUAUCAUUGACAUCCACAGGUUCUACACAACAACAUUUCUUGGAAAAGAUCCCUUAACCUAUUGAUUUUCAGCGUAAAACUUAUUUUCUACAUUGUAGACAAUGUUCGGCUAACAAAAUUAGAAAAGAGACGUCAUAUAGAUGUAAAACUUGUCCGCAAAACCCACCAUUAUGUCCAGAAUGCUUCGAAUCCUUUCAUUUACAGUAAAGCUGAUUCCUUUAUAAUGCUUUUUCUUGUAUGUUUAUAAUUUGUUUCUUGAAUUUUAAUUUGUUUCUCGAAUUAAUUUUUAUUUUAUUUUUAUUAAUUUGUAAGCAAAAUAAAUUGCAAAUGAUAAUUUUGUUUGAAACUGAUUUUCUUGUAUUAAGCUUAGGCCUUUUUACUCUCUUUUAUUCAUAGGAAUCAUUUUUGAAUUAGUAAAGUAAAUCCAGUAUAGUCGUCAUGACGGUCAUAGCCGCCAUUUGCUUUGGGAAGAGAAAAAAAUAUGAUAAGCAACUGACAGUUACAGCCAUCGAGAGUUUUCAAGGAAAAACUGUGACAAAAUGUGAUAAUUUUCGUUUCCAAACAUACGAAUGAUGCUCAAUUUUAUAUGGCAGUCAUGAACAAUUGAAACAAAAAAAAGUAUUUCUGAGCACGAUCGUUAAAUUAAAAGUGUGCGACAAUGUGUUAAUUAUUAAUGAUCGAUAUUCAUAAGCCAAGUUCUGUUCUUAAAAAAGUUAUUUAAAAUAAUGAUUCGAAGAAUUUCUCUAAUAUAUUUCUGUCGAGAUCAUUAGAUAAAAGUAGUUUUUUCAUUGUUAAAAACAAUAAAAAGUUUUAAAUUGGAA